CACGCAAACAUUGUUAUACAUUUCUCUAUUAUUCAUGCCUCCAUCUCGCUGGACUCUCCUGCUAGGGUUCGCCCUUCAGCUCCCCAAGGUCCUUGCAUACCCUAGGGAGUCUUCGCCGACAACGGUCCAACUGGACGUGAGAGAAGACAGAUUCGUCUUCGGGGCCAUUGGCGACUCUUGGGCUAGUGGCAUUGAAUGGAAUGACGAUAACAGAUUCGACAAUAACUCAGACGGAUGCAUGCGCUACAAAUAUGCAUGGUCUACCGUGGUCAACGCAUCCUAUGCCGACUGGGUCCCCGACGGCAGAGAGCCACAGUUCGAAUUCAAAGCAUGCUCCGGCGCACAUCUGGAGGACAUGAUGGGUCAGAUGGAUCAAUUGACGAGACCAAAGGUAGUGCUCAUGGAAGCCGGCGGCAACAACGCGGAUUUCUAUCCCAUGGUUGAUGCUUGUCUUUUCCACGCAGCGAUCCCUCCCAAGAAGUAUGGGACACAAUACGAAGACGACGACCCAAACAACCCUCAGGGAGAAUGUAGAAAAGAGAUUGGAUUGGUCAGAAGCAGACUCCAAGGCGACGGUAUGAAGAACAAGGUUGCGGACACAAUCCACGCAUGGAGAGGCCACAAGGCCGUUGUGGGCAACGACGCCAGUCUGUUCCUUCUUGGCUAUCCUUGGUUCUUUGCCCUUGCAGAGCAGUGUGAUCACUGGCACUUCAAUGUCUGGUGGGCUCUUCAGAACCAAAAUCUCGUCAAGCACAUGCGCGAAGACUUUAAUGAAAUGACUGACCUUAUGAACCGCGCAAUUCGAGAGGCCGCGGAAAGUUUCGAUGACCCGAAGAUCCAAUACAUCGAUAUCAAUCCAGCCUUCAACAACCAUCGUUUCUGUGAAGAAGGACAUAGCCGAACGGAUCAGCUCAACUGGAGCAACAAGGUGCACAUAUGGAACAACCCUGCAAAAUGGUUCGUUACGAUCAAGAAUGGGAACGAAGCGAAAACGUACAACACCACUGCUGAUGAAAUACCGCCCACGGAGGACGUUGAUAAACUGAUAGAGCAUCCCGAGGAGCCCACAGUAGAGGGCAACAACGUCGUACUUACAUUUUACAACCCCGACUAUCCCGACCUCAGCAUGGAGUGGAAAACCGACUCCAAAGAUUUUGCAGCGCUUAGCGGUGAUACCGAGGGUUCGGUUGAUCGUACACUGCAUCCCACCGAAGAUGGCCACAAAGACAUGGGAGCCAUUGUCGUUGAGCGGCUCAAGCAGACUCUCCAGAACCAAAACGUGACACCUCCGCAGUCGACGUCGGUGCCUCAACCGACGCUGCAGCCUGAGCCAGAGCCAACGCCGGAGCCAGAACCAACACCAGAACCAGAGCCGACGCCUGAGCCUACGCGAGAUCCAUUGGCCGAUGAGUGCUCCAGAUCUUUAGGAAAGGAGAAGAGACAGCACAUAUGCGCCUAAGUCAGUCACAUCGCAACCCGCGUCGUGGACGAUAUUUCCUUUUGUACAUGGGGCUCGUGUUUUCUUCGUAACGGUUCAAAUAUCGUGGCUAGACUUGUAAUGCAGGCCAGUAAAGACAAUUUUUAUAGUGUUCAUAUCCAAGCCUUAGGUAUUUCAUGUAUCUUGUCG